UACGUACUGCGCGCCGGUCGCUAUGUGAACGGUUCACGCGCGUGUGUGUGACUUGUGUGAUUUUUUUUUCUCUCAGAACGCUGCGACCGUCACCAAACAUUACCACCGUACACCUAUGAUACGACGCGUCGUUUGGUACGAUAUUUAUUCGUUUGCAAAGCAUGUACAAUAUACGAUCGUGAUUUAAUCGUCCGUUUACCGUCGUUUUUAUUUAUUAUUAUUAUAAUUAUUUUUUUUUUUUUUUUAAUUCGUUUUAACGUUAUUCCGCUUUUUGCGUUUUUCUCUGCUCGUGAGUUACCGAGACAGCGCGACGCGUCGCGAUAAGGAUUUUCCUCGUCCUGGUCUCGCGGUGAAAACCGAGCGAUAAAAAACAAUAAUCAUUGUUAUUAUAAAAAAAAAAAAAAAAAAAUCGCACGUCGCCGAGAACGUCGUUGUCGCGCGGAAAAAGUGCGCGCGCGCCGCGCGUACCCACCGCACUCGCGUGCGGUGCAACAGUGAAUAUUUUUUUUUCUCCAUAGACCGGUGCACGAAAAUCGUUCGCAAUUACGGACCUAACGAUUUACCCGCGCAGUGUUCGGGGCGCGUCGGUUGAAUGUGAUUGGAAAGCGCGGGUGAUGGCCACCACGUACCUGCCCGUGGGCAGCGGUGGCGGCGGUGGUGGCGGCGGUGGCCCCGGCUCCGGUGACCUAGACGGCAUGGGAGGCAUGUCGGUGGUCAACCAGCCCGGCGGCCCGUACCAGCAGCCGUCGCCGUCGCCCCGUGGCGGCAACGGUCAAGACCACCCGGCCGGCGAGCUGAAAUACAUGCCGCCCGGGCAGCAUCACCAUCAUCACCACCAUCACCAUCAAGUUCCUACGUCCCCGUCGCCGGUGUCGCUGUCGGCCGCGGCCAGUUGGGUGGACCCGUGGGCCGCGUCCAUGAGCAUGCACCAACACCAUCCGCACCAUCCGCACCACCCGCACCAGGGACUGGACAUCAAACCGCCGCCAGACAUGCGAGCCGUGACCGGCGGCGGCGGCGGCGGCGGCGGUGGCGGCGGCGGAGGCGGCGGAGGCGCGCAGACCUGGCACACGGGACCGCCGCCGCCCGUCGUUUCAGCCGGCCACUACAACGGCAGUGGGUCCGGGUCGCCGCAGCUCGGCCACCACGGCGCGUAUCACGUGAUGAACGGUAUGCUGGGCCACACGCACCCGGCCGUCCAGAUGCACGGACACAGCCCGUCGUACCCGCAACAACACGACCCGCAGUCCCCCGGCGGCGAGGAAGACGCGCCAACGUCCGACGACCUCGAGGCGUUCGCCAAACAGUUCAAGCAGCGCCGGAUCAAGCUGGGCUUCACGCAAGCGGACGUGGGUCUGGCGCUGGGCACGCUCUACGGAAACGUGUUCUCGCAGACCACCAUAUGCCGGUUCGAGGCGUUGCAGCUGUCGUUCAAGAACAUGUGCAAGCUCAAGCCGCUACUGCAAAAGUGGCUGGAGGAGGCCGACUCGACGACGGGCUCGCCGACCAGUAUCGACAAGAUCGCGGCGCAGGGCCGCAAGCGCAAGAAGCGCACCAGCAUUGAGGUGUCCGUCAAGGGCGCGCUGGAGCAGCACUUCCACAAGCAGCCCAAGCCGUCCGCGCAAGAGAUCACGUCGCUGGCGGACUCGCUACAGCUCGAGAAGGAGGUGGUGCGCGUGUGGUUCUGCAACCGGCGGCAGAAGGAAAAGCGCAUGACGCCGCCGAACACCAUGGGUGGCCCGCAAGACGGCAGCAUGAUGGACGGUGGCCUGGGCGGCGGAGGCGGUGGCCCGAUGGGACACGGUGGCCUGCACCAGGCCUACCAUCACCAGGACCACGUGAUGCACGGCUCGCCGAUGGGACCGCACUCGCACUCGCACAGUCCGCCGAUGCUGUCCCCGAUCGGCAACCAUCAGUCGCUUGCGGCUCAUUAACGUUUCGCCCAGUGGGACGUUGAGUACUCACGGCACCUGGCUAAGAUGCAGCAACAUCAGCAGCAGCACCAGGAAUGCACGUAGUAGAGUACUGUUGUUUACUGUUUCGAACAACGUCUCGCUGAGGGCGAUUUAAAUAAAUAUACAUACGUGUACAUCGCGUCGCAGCAUCACGUGCGGGACGCCGCGUUGCGUUGCCUGUGCGUUGCACCGCGAUGACAUUUAUUAUAUUACCAAUUCGACUAUACAUAAAUAUAUAUAAAUAAAAUAUAAAUAUAAACUUACAAAAGCGGAUCGUAUAUAUUGAUGAUUAAAUAUAUACGAUUUUUCUGUAUUAUAAUAUAUAAGAGUAGUGCUCGCCGUAAACUGCACAAAUCGCGGCUUACGACGGCCGAAGCGCAUAACAACUUUAUAUGAUAUAUAUGAAAAUAUAUUUUCCGUAAACAUUAUUAUAAUUAUUAUUAUUAUUAAUUUUUCCAAUCGUUAUUAAAUAUAUAAUAUAUGUGUAUAAUAAUUGUUAUUAUUUACGCGUACGGUAUAACGAUAAAAUGAUGUCGAUGAUAAUAAUAAUCAAUAAUGAUAAUGAAGAAGAUGAUGAUGACGAUGAUGAUGAUGAUGAUGAUAAUAUACCGAGGACCAUCGAUCGGCACCUAUAACUACCCCGCACAUAUAUGUUAUUCAUACAAGACGACGGCGAGAAGGCUUUACGACAAAACAGCAAAUCGUGUGCGGACGACAUCAUCGCGGCAAGUGUACGAGAAGUUACCGCGGCAAGUAUACGACAAGUCACCGCAGCGAGUACACGACAAGCCAUCGCGGCAAGUAAAGGACGGACGAGCCAUCAAUCGACUCUUCUAUCGCACUGUGAUAUAAAUCGAUAAUUCUUUAGAUUUGUUUUAUUUUCUGUCUUAAUUAUCUCCCCCGGACAAGUAUGACUUCGCAGCCAUGUACACACACACACACACACACAUAAACACUCACAUAUGCGUUCCAGGUAUUGUUAUAGCUAUAUAUAUAAUAUGUAUUUCUGUUUUAUUUAUUAAUACGCGAGCGCACACUGAGUGAUGCUACUUGAAUAUACACCCGAAACCCGAACCGCGGUCAGAGUUGAUGAUUAUUCCGAAACCUUAAUGAUAUAACGUUUUUCUCGAUUUUCCAAAAGUCUAUCGCGCAAUAUCCUAGGCAUCCUCCAACCGCGCGAGAUACUAUGGCCACGACGCCCCAACCGCACUGAUUAAUAACCGAUCUCAACGCGUGUAUACUUAUAAAAUUAAUGAUUAACGAUAAACACGAAACUAAAAUUUAAAAAUAAAAACCUUUAAACUAUAUUUUGGUGCUGUUUCAUAGAUAAAUUGGGUUUAUUUCGUCGUUUUUUCUACGUUCCUCGCAGACUGCAGUGCAAAGUUUUCCAGCACAAAACACUUGUUCGUCGCGUAUACUUCUAUUAUAUUAUAAUAUACACGUGAGCAUAAUAAAUAUACUUAUAUGGCAUAGGGUCUCCCAAAGGUAGGUAUGUAAUGGGGUAGCUUGUGUACUUGUAAAAUAUUUUUUCGGUCCAUCUGCAGCCGGCGCGUCUCGCACCACGACAAUGUACCUGCACACCACACGCACAUUAUACGAAAUAUAAAUAAAAUAUUAUAUUAUAAUAUUAUUAUUAUAUACGUCUAGCUAUACGAUAUAUAUACCUAUAAUAAUAUA